UGAGGGAUCCCUAUGGGACCCAGGUUGGCUGGGGGAGGUUACAGGUGCCGUGGGGCAGGGGUAGAGCUGCAGGCCCAGGGGGGCUGUCGGGCAGUGGGGCUGGCAGAAGGGGAGAGUGGGGGUCCCUGGGGUGACAUCUCUCCCCCCACCCCGGGCUCCGAUGCAGCCAUGGAGCCGAGCGGGGGGGGGCGGAAGGAGCGGCCGAAGCCCCGGGAGCCGGCGGCCCGCUUGGAGAAGGCCAAGCAGAAAUCGGCCCAGCAGGAGCUGAAGCAGAGGCAGAGGGCGGAGAUCUACGCCCUCAACCGAGUGAUGACGGAGCUGGAGCAGCAGCAGUUCGACUCCUUCUGCAAGCAGAUGCAGGCCUCCGGCGAGUGAGGCGGCGUGCGCGGCCCCCCCUCCCCGCCCCGGAACGAUCCCGGCCCCCCCCCGCCCCGCCCCAUCUGCCGCCCAUCCCCUUUUCUAACCCCUUUGUUAUUUAUUAUUGAAUAACCGCUUUUUUAUAUAUAUAUAAAUAAAAUCUGUGGUGGUUCCACUUUUC